AAAAACACCGACCCUGUUAUCAACCGUUUGCUUAUUGUCUUGUGUUGAGCUCCACCAUUUAUGUUUUUGUCAAACAGCACGGAAAAUAAGCUUGUGAGAGAAAUAAAGUAAAAAGGAUGAUCGCCUACCUACAAAGAUGCCCAAGUUUAACAACUGUUUGUGGAAACAACGUUGUCUCCCUCCAGCGUUUUCUACACAGUGGUCCGGACACCGUGGAAGAGCUUCUUAACAGACACCUAGUGAAGAAGGAGAAAUCCCUAGAUGAUGAGGAAGAAGAAUCGCUGAACAGACAGCGUCUCACCAGCACACGAGGAGAGGCGCUGGGUCUCUACCGCGACAUCCUUCGAGCCACCCGAUUCUUCAUGUGGCCCGAUUCUCGGGGCGUUCAGUGGAGGGACAUAUUGAGAGAGAACGCGAGGAAGGAGUUCGAGGAAGCUCGCUUCGAGAAGGAUCCGGAAGUUGUGACCCGAUUGCUUAUCGGUGGGCGUGAUGCGGUUGAAUCUGCAUUGGAGAAGCUAGCCGAAAAGCAAAGGCAUCAGAUUCAGAAGGAGCGGGGAGAUGGUCGGUGAUGAUUGAUUCAUUUCUUAACUUUCUCUGAUUUUGAAUUUGAUUAUCCUUUCAAGGAAGAACAAAUAUUGUUUGUAAGCUAAAUUUUGUGUUUUGGUCUUAUAAUGCAUCAACUUAUGCGUUAGCCUUGUUCGAUUGUAAUUCCCGCAUAUCCAGAAGUUGGUUGAUGAGAAAUUUCAGAGGAAAAAGAAAAGGAAAUCAAAGUUCGAUUUUA